GGAAGUCAUUUGGGAGUUUACUAGCACUAUAGCAAGGUGGCCUAAUAAAGAGGGUGGUACAUAUUUCAGUUUUCUUCCUUGCUUGCUUCUUCUUCAUUAUCAUCUUCUUAGUGAGAGAGAGAGAUGGGAAACUGCCAAGCCAUUGAUGCAGCAACACUAGUGGUUCAACACCCAAGUGGGAAAGUAGACACUUUCUAUUGGCCUGUGAGUGCUAAUGAGAUCAUGAAGAUGAACCCUGGUCACUAUGUUGCUCUUCUCAUCUCCACCACUUUGUGUCAAACCAGUGACAAAGAAAACUGCCCAGUUAAGAAUGAACACAACAAUAACAACAACAGCAACAGCAAUCAGGUUCGUUUAACAAGGAUCAAGCUGCUCCGUCCCACCGACACUCUUGUUCUUGGCCAAGUUUAUAGACUCAUCACUACUCAAGAGGUUAUGAAAGGCUUGUGGGCAAAGAAGCAAGCAAAGAUGAGGAAAAGCCACUCAGAAUCAGCAGAGAAGCCAGGUUCUGAUCAGCCAGAGACAGCAGCCAGAAGAUCUGAUGCAGAGAAUGACAAACAUGUAACCAAACAUGAGAGACACCGACCAAGGACAACCUCAUCAUCAUCAUCAUCAUCAACUAACUCUGCCACCACAGCCAGGUCAAGAACAUGGCAACCAUCGUUAAAAAGCAUCUCAGAGGCUACGAGUUGACCAUGUUUCCAACAAUUUUAACAGGGUGUGUAAGAGACAGAGGAGCAGUGGAUCAAAACUCAUGUUCAAUAGAUCAAAACCUGUGAAGAUCUUUUUGGAUCAUCUAGGAGGCCUAUUGUAAGCUGAGUGAUACAAAGUUUCUUUUUUUCAAUUUCUGAUCUGGGUAAUGACUGCAUAGUGGUGUAUAGCAAAGGGGCACAUAUCCAACAUCAUUUGUAAUUUAGUGUUGUUCUGAAAGAAAUUAGACUUUCAUGUUAGACAAUUGCUCGUGUAAUACUUGACUUGUUACCUUAAAUUCACAAUUUCCUAACUAUUUAAUCUUU